AUGUUCAAAAACUUAUUUAAUUUGGGGAAACAAAAAACCCAGCCUCAGGCUUGUACCCCCACCACCCCGAGGAGGGACAGCGGGGUGAAUGGAACAUUGGCCUCUGGUGGCUAUACCGUUCGGAAGAAAGACGUAGGGAAGCUACAUAUAGCAGCGUCUAAAGGAGAUGUCGCAAAGGUUCAGUGGCUGCUUCUCCUAAAAAAACAGGGGAUGAAUGAAACAGAUAAAUUGAAUCGGACGCCUCUGCACCUGGCCAGUGCCAAUGGAUAUCCAGAUGUUGUGUCUCUCUUAGUAGAGAGAAAUUGCAACCUUAAUGUGUGUGACAGUGACAAUCGAACUCCUUUAAUUAAGGCUGUACAGUGUCAGCAGGAGGAGUGUGCAACUAUCCUGCUCAGUCAUGGUGCAGACCCCAGUGUUGUGGAUACCAGAAGUAACACCGCCCUUCACUACUCUGCCCUGGGUCACAACACAGCUAUAGCAGCAAAGCUUCUUGAAAACAAAGCUGAUAUUGAAGCAAAAAACCAGGAUGGCUAUACACCUUUUUUACUUGCAGUCAGAACAGAGAAUGAAAAAAUGGUAGAGUUUUUCUUAAACAAUGGAGCAAAUGUGAAUGCCUGCGACAAUUCCAAAAGAACAGCUCUCAUGAUUGCUCUCACUUUUGGUAAUAAACCAACAAACAUAAUCAGUCUUAUGAUCCAAUAUAAUGUUGACCUCUCUUGUGAAGAUGAAUUUGAAUGGACAGCUAAAAACUAUGCUAAUAUCAGUAUUGUUGAUGUUAAUCGGGAACUAUUUCUUCAACAUGAAACUAGGCAGUUAAAUCAACUCCCUUUAGCCAAAAACAGUAGUCCAGAUGAGAAUUCUGAUAUUGCAUUUACUUUGGGUGGACCUGCCUUGGACAAAGAAGAUACUAAGAACAAAAAAAUUCCAGAAGGAGUAGGAGGACCAGAGAACAGAGAAUCAGGUUUGAAUGUUCAAAAGAAAUCUGGCAGCAUUUUGUUGGGUGGAUGGAGAAAGUCAAGUUUGGAGCAUGGUGACAAAUCAGAUAAUGAAGGAAUGCACUCCAUGAAAUGGAUAUCUGCUAGAAAUAUCGUAUCUAUCGGUGUGACAGAGCCUGAUAGUGGGAUGCUGAUGGAACACAUCACUGACAGACAUCAGAUGCUUGAAGAAGACCUCUUUGUGUCCACAGAGCCUUGCCAUUUAUAA